GUCCCAGAAUGAACUCCACUGACACAAUUUUCAUGCACACUCCACUUUGUGAACUCCGCAAUCGCAUAUAUGAGUAGGUGGGUCCUUCUUUUUGCAUGACAAGCAACCCAAAAUCUUAACUCUUAACUCUUCAGGAAGAGAGAGAGAGAGAGAGGCCCCAGAAGAUUCUUCUCUGUUCCUUUCCAAGGACACAGAAAAACAAAGAAUACAUUUAUAUUUGGUAGUGUUGUUGAAUAUAUAUUGUUGAUCAUCAUUCAUCAGCACUGAGGAAGAGAGAGAUGGCUUACAACAAGGGGUUGCAUUUACAUAGCAGUGGAGGGAGUCACAGAGGAAGGCCUUAUGCGUUGAUAUUGCUGAUCACAUUUGGGGUGGCACUGCUUGGGGUUAUGGUGCUUCAUAAGCUAAGAGAGAGACGCAUCUAUGCCCUUAUUGUCAAGGAGAAAGACCACCAGAUUCUUGCCCUUCAGCUUCUCCUGCAGAAGGAAAGAGAUCGCAGCAAAGAGUUGAGAGGGAAGAACGAAGAGAUGAAGGGGAAGAUCUACGCCCUGAGAAGUAAGAAGAUGGAGCUAGGUAGAACAGUUGUGGAGAUGCAAUCCACCCUGAAUUCACUGAAAGAUGAGCAGAAACUGAUGGAAUCAGCAUUUGAGGAGCAGCAGAAUGAGCUGAGAUUGAUGCAAGAAAAGGAACGCAAUGUGCGAGAAGGAGGCUCUGAAAUAGUAGCAUUAAGGGAGAAUCUUGAGCAUAAGGAAGAAGAGAUAAAGGACUUGAAGCGCAGCUUUGAAAUCCCUGUUAAUGAUAAUCAAACCAUCUUUCCUGAAAGCCAGAGAGCAAAUGAAACAAUGACAGCACAAGAUGAAAGUGACAAAGAUGACUCUUUCAAAUAUGAGGGUGAAGACGAUGAGGAUGCAAGUAAAAGUGAAUUAACCGAUUUUAAAGAUGGGGAUGUUGGAACUGAGAUAAAAGAUGAAAUUCGGACUAAUAGGGAGGUAGGAAAGACAAAUGAAGAUCCUCAAGACGAAGGUGGUGUCAGGGCAAAAGAUAUUGAUGAUGCUGAAGUGGUGGAUGAAAGAGAAAAGAAAACAAUAAGAGAAGAGAAUGCAGCACAAGUAGAGAAUAGUACAGAAGGUGAAGGUCAGGAUGUUAAGGUGAAACAAUCUACUGGGAUGAAGAAGAAACAUGGCCGUGCAAGCAGAAAAAAGGGGAAUCGGAGAGGCAUUGUGAAAAAUAGUUUGAUGGAGAACAAUGGAGUUUUUGAUAACCUCAUGAACAAUAGAAAGGUUAACAAAGAUGAGUUGAAAGGUAGAAGAGUUGGAAAAGUUUCUGAUGAGGAAAGUUUUGCAAGAAAAGAUGAGGAGAGGGACAAUGAUAACCCAAGAAAAGGCAAGCCACAAGCCAAAUUGCUAAAGCCUGAAAACAAAGAUGUCAAUGACAUGAAGGUGAAUGAUACAAAUCAGUGGGUGACAAAUAGUGGAACUAACAUAUACCCAGAGAAACAGAAACUGGAUGAAAUGAGACAGUCGGAAGAGAAUGAAAAGAGUAUUAUCCAACAAAACUGGAGCAAGAAGCAUAUCAACAAAGCUAACAAGAAUGCAGGACUAACAAAAUCCAAGGUGUUACCUGAAGAGCUAAAAGAAUUAGAGGAUGUACAAACACAGGAGAAAGAUGCGACUGACAAUGGCCAUGAUGAUGAUUUCUUAAAGGAAUCUGAAUCUGAGGAUGAGAAGGGUGAAUACAGAGAAGAGAAAGAUGAAUCAUCCAUGCUAGAGUAGUGAAGUGGAUGUGGACUUUGGUGUGCUUAUAAAUAUUUCAAAUUAGUUGCUUAUGUUUCAAUUAGGAGGAAAAUGUGGGUAAAGUUGAGAGUUUUUUUUAAUUUUACUAAUAUUAUGACAGACAUUUUAAUUUACAUUUAGACCAAUUUUCUUAACUAUUAAAAUU